UGGAGCCCAGACUCUCCGGGUUCCGGCCUUUUCAGACCCAAAAUGCCAUCCCCUGGUAAUUUUGGAAAUCAGGAUAAAAUGGAUCGCCCCUCGUCCUGGUCCGUAACGCCCACCCAGCAUGAUGGGUACCUUGCUGACAGUGAGGAGAACGCCGACUUGACUUUACUGCAGGCUCAGAUUCAACAAGCGCGGAAUAACGCUAAGACAAUAGAACGGAGAAAAAACGAAAGCCAAGAAACGAUGAGAAGGGAGUCUAUAGAAAAAAAUGCAAAAGAUGAGCGCAUUGCAGCAACAGAGGAUUCUACUUCUCAAAGACCUCUUGAGAACGACUCCUUUGACGGAACGCUUUUAAAUGGUACUGAAUGGGAUAGCGACUGGGACAGUGAUUUUAGUCUACAUGUCAAACCGCUCAGCGACUUAAGCACGUCAAGUGGCGACGAGUCCCAGUGGGAGCCUGGGAACCAAACAAAACCAGCGAACAACGAAAAUGCAGACAGAACCCGAAAGAGAUCUGAUAAAACCGUCACAAAUGCUGCAAGAAGAAAUGAGAGCAAGCCUGGCACUACCGAACAGCGUAAGGGCCCUGAAAAUGAAAGACCUCUGGAGGGCGGAGCUCGGAGGAGUAUCGGCGGAGAGGACCAUCCUAAAGACAGACAAGUUAAAAGACCAACAGUUAAACCCAUUCCAAAAAUCGGAUCAGAUUCGGACUCGGAUGAGGCCCAUUUCCGUCCCAGACCCCGCGCUUUCCGGGGCGACGACGAAUUAAGCGAGAGCGACAUGAACUUCUUCAAACAACAAUUUCAAGCCACUAACACACGCAGGGAACACGAAAAAGACACCAGCCAAGAAAGCCCUGUUGGAUGUAAAGGCAUGAAUUGUUAUCGGUGUUCUUCCUUCAUUCCUGAGUGCGAGGGCGUUUGUUCUUUGUGCGGUACUUUGUGUCAGCGGCCAGGGGGACCAUGUAAGGCUUGUCGAGAUAUAUGUGAGAGAUGUGGCAAGCCAAGGUAUAGGUGUACGUCGCCUGACGAGAGACUGGGAACUAGUGACGAGGAAAGGGGAGAGAAUGAAGAGCAUUUUGAUACAGAAGCUGAUGAAACUGGACCAGGGACGCCAGAACAAAGAACAUCUCCUUUCAGAGGUCAUGUGAACAGUCCCGUAUCGGCGUCAGCUGAAGAACUAACGCGGGAAAGAAGUUUGAUUGCGGAAGAGGUGAAUAACUCCGAUAAGAGAUACAGGAAGAGCAAAGAGAGAAAAAUUAGAGCACCGCCAGAAAGAAAAUCAAAAGAUCCCAACAGUGUAAAACGCGUGCGAAAGAAACGCUACAGGACCGUUGAUGAAGAGGACAAUGGGCAGCUGGAGGAAAAAGAAGUCGUUGAGGAGGAAGAACAUGGCGAUGAUCAUCCACAAUCUACUGAGCCCACUCAAGUAAAUUCAGGUGAAGUUGUUCCCGUUCAGCUUCAACCCUCUGCCUUCGCUGCCAAAGGCACCAAGAAAACUAAACCAUCUAAAAAGGUUAUUUCUCAGACUAUCGUGUAUAAGGAAACGAAGAGACCACCAAUGUCCAUACAAGGACAUUCUCCGGGACGUGAAGAUUUCAACGAGGAGGAUUCCGUGGUUACAAGCCCCACGCCUCUCGUAGAAACCGUUGAGCCUGGUGAAGACCUGUUAGUACAAAAUAAUGACGAGGGAACUGGUGAGGAGGUGCAAAUGGAAGAGAAAACUGUUGAGGGGGAUGGCUCUAAUGAUGACGUAACUGAGGAUGGGAAAGACGUUGGGUCGAAGGGAGAAGAAGAACCGCCUGCAAAUAAUGAGGAACGUGAGAAGGAAAAAGAGAAAGGAGAGGAAAAAGAAGAAGAAAAACAGAAAGAAAAAGAAAAGAGAAAUGUUCUUCCAAAAAUUCGGGGUGUAUCACGUGUCAACGCAGCAUUUAAAGAACGAGCAGAGCUGGGUAAAAGACUGCAAAACGUAUUAAAGGAAGCUGUCAGUGAAGUUAUGGGACAAGCUGAUAUAAGAACAAGAAAGGACUCAACAAUAGAUUAUAUUGCGCAGUAUCGACUUGUCGACCGAAGUCGAUUGGAAAUGUACGGCCGCGCGUUUACACUGGAAGACGAGGACGAGGAUGGAAUGAUAUCUUACGAGCAAAUGAUGCUUGCCCUAGAGGGGGUGCCAAGUAUUGCAGGGUUGUCCAGAAAACAACUUAUGUUCGUAUUACAGGUGCUGGAGCUCUUCCCAGGCUCCAGGAUAACUUUCAAGAUGUUUUCAGUGGCUACUGCUUUGUGCGAAAAAGUAACCAUUCUAGAUGCAUUUGUCAAGCAGCUGGUUGAAGAACUGGACUUGUUUGAAUUGGAGUGUAAACUGGACAUGUUCAGGAGCAUGUUCUUUGUGACUGGUGAUUUCUCUGUAACUUUCAUCACAGCUGACCAGCUGAGAAUUGAAUUGAAGGCCGGCGGGCUCAACCAGAAUCAGGAGGAUCACGUAAUAGGGCAUAUCCUUCAGUCCAGUAAUACUGGAGAGAUUUCAUUCCUGGAUUAUAUGGCGUAUCUUCCACUAUUUCUGUCCAUCCACCAAAAUAUCUGUGACAACGCCCUUGACAUGUCACGCAACAAGUAUCAACGUAAGAGUACAACGUAACAACAAGUGACACUAAUGGAGGAUGUAUCGUGACAUCUACUAAAACAUUUGUGACAGCACACUCGGUACCGGUAUGUCACGCGACGACCUUAUCAUACUGUGUGACAUCAAGUAGCCCCCAUGGAUAAACUCUUGACAUGUCACGUCAUGCAACAAGUAUCAACUUGACUUCAAGUACACUUGAUUUAUGAGGGAUACAUCACGGGUCCAUGGCAGAAUUAAAGCGAAUCUGACUUUUCCUACAAGUCUUAAAUUCAAUGGUGAAAAAAGACACUGUGCUAAGCAAUAUGUUGUUAGUUAUCAUGGUAUCACGAACUAUCAAGACACAAACUGAGAUUAUUGUCAACAACAAUACAAAAUAAACUAAAAAACAGUUUUUAAUAG